GUAUAAUAGAGGUAUUAACUUUUUUGACGACCGCAACAACUAUUGACGACUUACACAUCUCAGGGAAUCUUCGACGAGAUGGAACAAACAUAUUCACAUUCCAAGCUGUGUCGGAUCUGAACGCUAGACACUAUGUCUGAGACAACUGUUUAUGUUUUCACGGCGGUCAUCGGACUGGUUCUAGUCCUGCUGCUCGGGCAUUUGGCUCAAGUACGCCGCCGUGGUGGAUCUGGACAAGGCAGUGACCUCCCAGGUCCGCGUGGCCUGCCCUUGCUUGGCCAUAGCCUAACACUCCGCGGCUGGGGCCUGGGGCUGGUCGCGUCCCUUAACCCCAGCCAACCCGCCACUGCCCGUGGCUCUCACAACCGUAGCAGCAACAGCGGCAGCGGUAGCGAGCGGUUGCUAGCAACGCUACGGCAAUGGUCCGAGCAGUACGGCGGCGCUUUCCAGCUUCAAACCGCCGGCCUGCUCGGCAGGCUGCUACUGCUGCCCGUGUUGGGAGGCUUUGAUGACCCACGGGUCAUUGUCGUACUCUCGGAUCCCGCCGCCGUACAUGCGCUCCUGGCUUUGGAUGAUGACGUGGCGCCCAAGUCCCGGCGGUACUACGGGGCGCUCGCCCGGGUGCUCCACCCCGCGGGUGUGCUCAGCUGCGCCACCGCCCCCUCCGCGGGGCAGACCGGCUGGGUGCGCCGCUCGCUGCUGCACGCGUUCAGCGGCCCCGAGCUGGAAGUGGACUUUGAGGUGGCCAAGGCCAAGUCGCUGUUGAUGGCCCGGCUGCUGCUGCGGCGCGGGCCGGGUGCGGUGGUGGACGUGUGGGAGGCGGCGCUGCGACUGAGCCUGGAUGUGAUGGGGCUCAGCAAGCUGGGGUACGACUUCAAGGCAGUUGAAUCGGGCGGGGAGGUGCUGCUGCUGCGGUUGCUGCGGGAGGUAGCGGCGGAGGGGGCCGCGCGGGUGCGGGGCCGGCGACCCAUGGGUCGGCUGGCGCCCUGGCUGCUGGACAGUGCGGCGGAGGGGCAGAACAGCUGCCGCAUACUGCAGGAGUUUGUGGAGAAGGUGUUGUGGGCCGACAUUGAGGCUCGCGGGCCGCCCCCUGCCGACGACGUAACGCUCGCAGCCCAGCUGGCACGACUGAGGCUGAGCUGUCCUCGCUGCUGCUGCUCGGGGUGGAGCCGGCGGGGGCGGCGGCGGCCUGGGCGCUGCACUGUCUGGCGGGGUGCAAGCAGGCGCAGGAUAUCCUGGUGGCCGAGCUGAAGCGCGAGGGUGUGUACGAGCAGCCCCAGCAAACCCUCACGUACGACAAACUCUCCCGUCUGCCGUACCUCGAUGCGGUUGUACGGGAGGCGCUACGGCUGUACCCCUCCCUGCCCUGCCCGGCAACUGCCCGUACGGUCACCAAGGACGUGUUCCUGGCUGGCCGGCUGGUCCGCUCGGGCAGUGAGGUGUGGGUGGACGCGCUCUCGCUGCACCGCUGCCCCGCCCGCUGGAGCCAGCCCGACUCCUUCCUGCCGGCCAGGUGGAUGCGGCAGCAGCAGCAGGCGGCAGCAACGACGGGAUCUUACAACAGCAGCGGCAGCACUGGUAACAGCAGCGGCAAGGAGAGCAGCAACGACAGCGAGGGGCAGCAGCAGCAGACGGCAGUAGCAGCAGCAGCGGUACCGCUAUCAGCUACUAUCGCUGGUGCGCCGGCGGGCUACGACGGAAUGUGCACCGUGGAACCGGACUCCGGAGCGACCACCACAUCACCGGAACCGGGCAGCGCAAUCGGCGGCAGCGCCGCUGCUGCUACCGCUACUGCAACCGACGGCGGCUCAGCGGCAGCAGCAGCGGCCCCUAGCAGCGGCCCCGCUGACGGCCCUGCAGCUGCUGCUGCUGGUGGCACCCCGCCGCAGCCGCCGCUGUGCAGCCCGGGCGCCUUCAUGCCGUUCGGGUCCGGCGCGCGGAGCUGCCUGGGUCAGCGGUUGGCGGUUGCUGAGGUGAAGGCGGUGGUGGCGGUGCUGGUGAGCUACCUGGUGCUGCAGCCGGCGGAGG